AUUAAUUUAUUCCGUUUAAAAUUAUUUAUUUAGCUUAAUCUUAAUUUGAAAAGACAAUAGGAAUCUGCGUCGCAGCUUUUGUGACGUCAGUCGGAUGCGACGGUAGUUCCAUGUGAGUCCAGAUCGGUUUGUUGAUGAAGGCUUAAUCUGCGGCUGGUUGAUCAGAUCACAGAGAUGAAGAGGCGAGAGGAAGAGGAGAAACAGAGGAAGACAACAGGCCAGAGUCCAGAGGAAGAGGAGGAGGAGGAAGAGGAGCAGAGGAGGACGAGCACUCAGAGCGAAGAGGAGGAGGAAGCAGCUAGUGAGCAGAAAGGAGCUUCUGCUGCUGCUGCUGAUGAUGAUGAUGAUGAUGAAGAGGCGAAGAAGAAGGAGAGGAAGUGUGUUCCAGGCAUCAUCUACCUGGGCCACAUUCCUCCCAGGCUCCGCCCCAAACACCUGAGGAACCUGCUGUCAGCCUACGGAGAGAUCGGACGCAUUUUCCUGCAGCCAGAGGACCGCCAGGUGCGGAGGAAGAAGAAGAAGUCCGGCUCCAGGAGGUGCGACUUCACCGAAGGUUGGGUGGAGUUCAGGGACAAGCAGGUGGCGAAGCGGGUGGCGCUGUCGCUGCACAACACGCCGAUGGGUACCAAGAAACGCCAGAGGUUCUUCUCUGACCUCUGGAACAUCAAGUACCUGCACAGGUUCCACUGGACUCACCUGAGCGAGCGGCUGGCCUAUGAGCAGACGGUGCUGCAGCAGAGACUCCGGGCCGAAGUCUCUCAGGCCAAGAAGGAGACCAGCUUCUACCUGAACAACGUGGAGAAGAGCGCCCACCUGGAACACCUGAGGAAGAAACGGCAGAGAGACGGAGAACAGGUGGAGGAGAAGACGUGGGACUUCACUCAGCGCCAGACAGAAGAGGAGAUCCAGAAGAAGAAGAAGAAGAAGAAAAAGGACUCCAUUACCCAGAAGCGCCUGAAUAAGGCCCUCCUCAUGCAGCAGGAGAGCAAAUCCAACGUCUCGUUACUGGCUAAGAUCUUUAACUCCAACCAAUCAGAGUGAAGCUCAUGAACUUGUUUCUAUUGGGACAGUAAACGGAAACGGACUCAAAUACUUCCUGUUGUCGGGAAGGGGCGGGGCCAUUGGGUGGCUCCUCCCACUGCUCCUCAUCAUGUUUAGGUUGUUGUAAAUAAAGUUUGUUGGAUUUUGG